AUGUCGACCACCAACACCACCAACGCCGCCUCCCAGCAGGACGCUGCGGACAAGAAACCGGCGCAGGAGACGGUGACGAAGACGGUGCAGACGGUGGAGGUGCGGUCGUCGGCGGGGCAGCCCGACGAGGAGGGCGUGCUCAAGCCCGUGAAGGUGGUGCACGAGAUCCCCGCCAAGGAGGCCAAGGACAACUCCGGCGUCAAGCAGGACUAG